AUGAUAUAUGUUUGUUAUGUCUCCACGUCUGUGAAGGGAAGACGAAAGUAGGGUGUUAAUAGAAAGUGUGUAACCUUAUCCAGAUUCCAGAGGGUGAGAUGGAGGAGGAGCAGCCAUGAACGCCACUCUCUUACAAACCCCACUCUCUCCCUUCCAACGUGCCACCACCUCCGCUGACCACAAGCUUCUCUCUCUCCUACGCGACCGGAAAACCGAAGAAGCCUGGAACACCUACACCAACUCCACGCACCUCCCCAACCCCACCUGCCUCAGCCGCUUGGUCUCCCAGCUCUCAUACCAGAACACCCUCUCCUCCCUCACGCGCGCCCAGUCCAUCGUCACGCGCCUCCGCAAUGAGCGCCAGCUCCACCGCCUCGACGCCAACUGCCUCGGCCUCCUCGCCGUCGCCGCCUCCAAGGCCGGCCACACCCUCUACGCCGCCUCCCUCCUCCGCUCCAUGCUCCGCUCCGGCUACCUCCCCCAUGUCAAGGCCUGGACCGCUGUCGUCGCCCGCCUCGCCUCCUCUCCCGACGGUGACGGCCCCGCCGAGGCUCUCAGGCUCUUCCGCUCCGUCACCCGCCGCCUCCGGAGGCUCCCCGAUCCCGGCAUGGCUGCCGCCUCGCAACCCGACACCGCCGCCGUCAACGCCGCGCUUAACGCCUGCGCGAAUCUCGGCGACGCCGCGGCCUUCUUGCAGGUGCUCGAUGAAAUGCCGCAGUUCAAUGUUGAGCCUGAUGCGUUGAGUUAUAACACUAUGAUGAAAUUGUGUGUUAGAGUUGGUAGAAAGGACUUGCUUGUGUUUGUUUUGGAGAGGGUUCUUCAGUUGGGGAUUCCUCUGUGUGUCACCACUUUGCAGUCCCUUGUUUCUGCUUAUGUUGAGUUUGGUGAUUUGGAAACCGCUGAGAAAUUGGUUCAGGCAAUGAGGGAACAGAGGAGGGAUAUUUGUAGGGUGCUUAGGGAUUGUAAUUUAGAUGAGGAAGAUAAUGAUAAUGAUAAUGAUGAUGAAGAUUGUGUUUUUGAGAAGUUGCUUCCGAAUUUGGUGGGUCAGAGUGUCAAUGAGACUGAGCCACCCUUGUUGCCAAAAGUAUAUGCUCCAAACACUAGGACUUACACCACUCUAAUGAAGGGUUAUAUGAAUGCAGGGCGUGUGAGUGAUACAGUGAGGAUGCUUGAGGCGAUGCGGCGUCAGGAUGAUAAGGCUAGUCACCCUGAUCAUGUUUCCUACACCACUGUGGUUUCGGCUCUUGUGAAGAUUGGUUCUAUGGAACGUGCUCGUCAGGUUCUUGCUGAGAUGACAAGGAUUGGUGUGCCUGCGAAUUUGAUAACUUACAAUGUUCUCCUCAAGGGCUAUUGCCAACAGCUGCAGAUUGAUAAGGCUAGGGAAUUGCUUAAGGAGAUGGUUGAUGAUGCAGGGAUUCAGCCUGAUGUGGUGUCCUAUAAUAUACUCAUUGAUGGGUGUAUAUUGGUGGAUGACAGUGCUGGGGCUCUUUCCUUCUUCAAUGAGAUGAGGGCAAGAGGAAUAGCUCCCACCAAGAUUAGUUACACUACUUUGAUGAAGGCUUUUGCGUACUCGGGUCAGCCCAAGCUGGCUCACAGGGUGUUUAGUGAGAUGGACAAUGACCCUCGGGUGAAGGUGGAUUUGAUCGCUUGGAACAUGUUGGUGGAAGGAUAUUGUAGGUUGGGGUUUGUGGAAGAGGCAAAGAAAGUGAUUCAGAAGAUGAAGGAGAGUGGAUUACACCCUGAUGUGGGCACUUAUGGCAGUUUAGCCAAUGGAAUUGCAUUAGCAAGGAAACCCGGAGAGGCUCUUUUGCUAUGGAAUGAAGUGAAGGAGAGGUGUGAGGUGGGAAAGCAAGAGGGGAAAUGUGAUUCCUCUGUUCCCCCAUUGAAACCUGAUGAAGGGCUUUUGGAUACUCUUGCUGAUAUCUGUGUGAGGGCUGCUUUCUUUAGAAAGGCAUUGGAGAUCGUGGCUUGCAUGGAGGAGAAUGGGAUACCUCCCAACAAGACCAAGUUUACUAGAAUCUAUGUGGAGAUGCAUUCAAGAAUGUUCACUAGUAAGCAUGCUUCGAGGGCUAGACAAGACAGAAGAGUAGAGAGGAAAAGGGCUGCUGAGGCGUUUAAGUUUUGGCUGGGUUUGCCUAAUUCCUAUUAUGAUGGAAGUGAGUGGCGGUUAGAACCUUUGGAAGGGUAUGGCACUGCCUCUGAUUCCGUUUAGUUGCUCCCCUCCUACUUCAUUGCGUGCCAUAACUUACUGAAGUACGAGAGAGAACACGUCUACACUACAAUGUAGAAAUCAAUGUAACUUGACAAUGGCAUGUGUCAUUAAAACACGGUUCUCCCAGCAACAGUGAAGCCACGGUGAAGGGUCCUGCAGGCAGCAAUGUAUUCUGAAUAUCAUAAGUGGAGACUAACCGGCGAUCAUGGAAAAUUUAAAAAUAUUAUCUAGCUUGAGAAGACAGACAGAACCUUGUUGUCAAUUAGUUGUACUUUGUGAAGUUUUGUCAUUUUGGACUCCGAGGGUUCACUCUCUGAUGUGAAUCCAGCAGGGUAAAAUUGAAAACUAACAAGUUUAAAGUCAUAUGAUAAAGAAGAAGGAUUAAUGGGCUGAAAUUUAAGUAGUUUGGGGCUGAAUAAUUAAAUAAGUCCAUUAUCUUAUUUUUAAUGUAAUUUUCGUUUUAUUUUAUUUUA